AUCACUGGUUUGAAUAUUGCAUAUCGAAUUGCAAUAUUUCUUAAAUUAGUAUUAUUUUUCAAAAUUACUAUGGAGAAAUUAUAUCUGUUGCAAACUAUGUGAGACUGGUUCUUUUAAUGUUUUAGUCGGGAAAACUGCUACAUUUUAAACUUCUUCAUAAUCUGACAUGAUUGGAUCCAAUGAUCAUUAUACAAGAUUGAGUUUAAUAGGGUGGCUCAUUUCACCACUUUUUGGCGUGUUAACGAAUUUGUGGGACAAUGACAUGUCUACAUCUACACUCAUCACAAUCUACACAUCAUGUAAAUGGGAAAUUUGAAAUGAGAAAAGAGGGAUUCCAUUUCAAAUUUGAUGCGUACAGAGCAAUUUUUUAGGGGUAAAUUUAGAAGAUGCCACUGCGGUCGGUCUGUUGAGCACGAAAGUAAAAAUAUGUUUUCAUUUAAACGGGCCCAAACUGUUAUUUGGCCCACUAAUCGUGCACCCAUCGCAGCCUCUCCAAAGCUUCCCAUUCUAUUCGUCGGGUCAUCUCCUCCACCACAAAAUAUCUCCUCAUGUGCUCAAUGUUCUCACUAAUACCUAAUAUCUACAACUUAGGCGUAGAGGGAGCAACUGAUGGAUUGUAGCGACCCCCACUAUUUUGAUAGCUAAUCAAGAAGAGCGCGUUUGUUUAGUUGUAUGGUGAUUCACUUAAUUAACACUUUUUAUUUCGUUGGCAGCCUCCUCUCCGCAAUUGUAUUGUGUUCACGAAGAUCUGAAGGCGCAAGUGCAACAGGUCCAGGGGUAACCAAUACUUGGAAUAUGAAGAUUUUUGCUUAAUUGCUUUGGUUCGUGAUGCAACUAUGUUAUGUUUGAAGGUAGACCAACGCAAACAACAACACAGCUCCAGAUCUAUUAUGCACAUCAGGUAGUUGGGGCAUUAAUUGAUAAAUGAUUUGGGAUUAUUCCUACAAGUACAUAAUUUGGAACGUGUCUUUAUAUUACAUUGAUUAAUAGUUGUUUGAGAUUUUUCAAAUGAGUGAUUUGACAUGUUAAACUCUCUUAUUUUUGAAAAUGGAGUCUUUGAAGUGGAAUAUGAAGAUUUUGGAUUAAGCUUGGUUUCGUAACGCCCUUAUGGGUGUUUAUUCUCUAAAAUGCAACUGUCUUUCAAAGUGCCCGUUGCAAAUGGCAGGUCAGGAUACAACGAUGGUACCAUUAUACGUUUAUAUCAUUAGGAGGUAGCAGAUUGUGUCCAUUCUACUAUAUCAUUUAGCUAAAUACUUAGUUGUUCUUUUCAACUAAAAAUUAUGCUUAAAUGCUGUGAUUGGCCUCAGAAAUGUAUGUCUUUGUAUUAACUGUUAAUGAUUGUGUGUUUUGGUUUAAUGGUAAAAAGUCCAUUUAUUUAGAAGUCUAAAUUGGGCAAACCUAUUGGACAAUAGGAAUGCCAUACAUUAGUGUCGUGGGAGGUUUGUUUGAUGUCUCAGGAUGUUAGAUUUUUUAGAAGGUUGUUUUUUGUGGAAGAGAGUCCCUAAAGCUAGCGAGGUAUUCCUAUGUGGACUUUUUCUUUGUUUGACUUUUUCUCGCCUUUUUUUUAUCUCUUUUUCUAUUUUUGGUUUUUGUGUGCUACCUUGAGUUUCCAGGUCUUCAUUUGUGAGCCAUCUAUACUUUUCUUAUUCAGUGCCUAAAAAUCAUCUAUACUUGAUUGCAUAGUAGUUACUAAUAUGUACAUUUAUACCAAUAGUGAGAUUUUAAGUUUUAUCAGUUGUUAGUUUCAAUACUUACUUACAUUGGUUGUUUAUGUAGUUUUCUUUGUAAUAUUUUCUCAUUAUACAACUAACUACUAUGGCUACGUAGUUGUAUAAGUGGGGGUUGGGCAUGAUAGUUCUCAGAAGCAUCAAUACUUGAAGGUUAUUAUAAUGACCAAAUUCUAAAGUUAUGGUUUGCCUUCAACUUGCUUGGAGCAUUUCAGUUAUGCAUCAAUUGUUCUCUCUGUGUAGUUGACUCUCAGACAAAUCGAAAAUCUUGCUGAUAUGUGCUUGAUUGUAGUUAAAUUUAGGGUUCUAUUGCAUUCUUCAAAGCCUUUGGUUUCGUUGCCGGCUUCGAGGUCAGUAGGGUUCCGCUCUCUGGCUGUUCAUACAACAGUGGGUUAUAGUAACUCACUGUGAGUUCAAUGUUAUUAAUUUUCUGACUGUUGUAUUAUUAUUAUUUUGCUUAGAAAUAGUAAACAUCAUAUCAUUUGACACAAUACAUAGUUUGAUUACUUGAUUAAUAUUCAAGUGGGAUUGAUCUAGCUGAUUGGUUUUCAUAUUGUUUACUGGUAUGAAGCUGCUCCUCUUUGAAUUACAAAAAUAUGCAUAGGCGAGUUUUUGAAGAAAACCCACUUCCUCGAGCUUAUCCCUUUCGCUCCUCUGCAAGUGGUUUCUUAUUUUUUUUUUUAGUUGUCCUUCUUGAAUGUAUAUGCUAAAGUUUCUUUUUUAUAUGCAAAAUUUUGAGGAUUUGAGGGGAAAAUUGGAAUGCCAUCAACUUUUAACUUCUAUCGUAUCACUGCCUAAUGUUUUCGCAAUCAAUUUUUGGCUGCUUCAACUUUAAGCAAAAAUAGACUUGCAUCUGUUUACGUGGGCGCCUUUUGCAUUAUGUUAAUUCCAAGAAUGAGAAAUUUUUCGGUUCUCUUUUGAAUUUGAAAGUCUUUUUGCUACUGAUUCUUGUGGUGUGGGUUGUGCAUAAAGAUAUCUAAGUCUGCAUGCAAUUUUUUCUUACUGGGUUGUGGACAUUUUUGCUUAUUUUCUAGGUCGACUUAGGUAGCUAUAUUCAGGUGUGGAACUAGACAACAAUAGAUGUAAUUUAUGUUGUUAUGAAUAUAUCCUCUCCGUAGUACUUAUAUAGUUCCAUUAUCAAAUUAUUAGAUUAAAGAAUAGAGAAGUGAAAGUUUGAGGCAGUUGAUGAACUUCUUUAUUUGGAUGUUGUAAUGAUUAGAGUCCAUCUUCUUUUUUGACAUUGUAAUUCUUUAUUAUUUAUGUCGAAGUUUAUUUGCAUGAAGACAAAGUCAUGUGUAUUUUUACCAUUCUUACCACCAAUGUAGUCAAAAGCGCGUUUCUACGUAAAAGCGUUUUGGUGAUCUAUAAGCAUAAAAACGUAAGCUUUUACACUUUAAAGCGUAGUUUUUAACGACAUUAGUUAUAAAACGGAGAUUAUGCGUAGAAGCAUUUUGGUGACCGGGAAACGUAAAACCGUAAGUUUUUAAGUUUUAAAGCGCGAUUUUGACUACAUUGAUCACCACUUUAUCUUCUAGCACAACCUGCUAUCUAGAGUGUGCAUUCCUCUUCCCAAUCUAUGACCACACUUGAAUCCCCACCUAAGCUAUCACUACACAGAAGUACUGACAAUAUUGAUGUUGAUGUUUUUAUUGUCAAAGAUUGUACGUGUUUGUCAUAUCUUUCAAUCACUCUAAAAAAACACGAUGCCAAAGCACCGUCGCUCCACAACGUUUCUCAAUUUUAUUGUCAUUCUCUUUUUUCUUGCAAAUGCUCCCUAUUGUGGGAAGUUAAAACAAACCAAAAGGACAUGGAUAGUAUAUUUUCUUAUUUUUUUAAUGUGUUUCAUGCCUGUAUAAUUUGAAAACAGGCUACAUUUGGCUUCUCACCAACAUUUUAGUUUUCAUCUCAAUUUGAAUAAUUAAAUUUGUAUUUCUUUUGACUUUCAAAGUUUAAUCCUUCUUAUAAUUACUUUUGCAACUAUAAGAGAUUUGUCUACUCUUAAAAAUCUCAUAUCCAAUUCGAGUUGAAGUGUUGUCAUUGCCUAUUUGGUAGAUACAAUGAAUGAUUGCUAGAUGUUUAGUUUAAUUAACUCGAAGUAUGUCUCAUUUCUGCAGUCCUCUUUGCUAUCCUAAACACCAAAACAAAUUCACAUCACUUAUUCCUUAUUCCAUUACCAACAAAUAACAAGUGACUAAUGAGAUGUUAUCUUCACAAUAUAUAUGAGCCAAUAGCAUUAUUACGUCCAUACCAAUAAUUCAAUAUUUGACUUAACUAACUCCGACCAAGGAGUUAGUUUAUAAGCUAGUUUAUCUAAAUAGCCCAUAACCUCUUAAAUGUGGUGUUGUGAUCACAUCUUAUCCUCCUCCACGCCUCAAGUGCAACUCCAACUGGUCUCGGCCCAAUCCAGCCUGCCGAAAAGCUAGGCCCAGAAACUCACCUAAUGUGGGCCGAAGCCUACCCUCUACUAUUGAGCGCUCAAAAUAUCGCGUCGGUUUUAAAAUUUAUUUUUCGUUUCUUUUUCCCGUGAUUUUUUCUAGUAAAUCCUGCGAUCCGAUCCAGGAAUCUCUUUUUCCUUCUCCAAGGACACCUCCUCCCUCCAAAUUCGCUCCGCCAUCAAAUCCAGUUCGUUAAUUCCUUCUCCCUCCAUUUCUGUUCUUUUCCUCCUCCCAGUUUUUGAAUUCUAGGGUUUCGGUUUCCCCCCUUUCCCUCCCAAUUCCUGCUUCCCGGUCAAACAUCCAGACCUGCCGCUUGUGCUCCGUCGAUAGGAAAGUAUGUCCGCUUCGACCGUGUCUAUCACGGCGAACCCAGCGGCUGCUCGCCGGAGGCCGGUACUGGCCGGGGAGAAGAAGUCCAACACCAUCGAGUUGCUGCCCAAUGAAGCGCAACAAGCCAACGGAGACGGGAAUGAUAAGGUUAAGGUCGCCGCCCCCGCGCACAGCAAGGAUCUGAGUCAUAAUUCCAUCCGCGGCGAGCCGAUUCUCGAGAGGACGUCGAAAGAUCCGGUGCUGCUUAAGAAGGGAGCCGCGGUUAAUUCGACGGUUUCCCCGCGCAGGGGGCGGAAACUGGCGCCGAAGCCAGAGAAGCCGCGGUGGGUGACGGUUGCGAGUAUUCUGACCAAGAAUUUCGUGCUUCUCCUCGUUUUGCUAGGGCUAGUGCAGUUGAUUAGGAGGUUAGCCAAAUCGGAGAGUAGUUUGGCUGCGACGCCGACGGGUUUGGCGGAGAUUGAGGGGCGUAUUGCGGAAGUGGAGUCGUUUUUGAAAACCACUGCGAAAAUGAUUCAGGUUCAGGUGGAGGUUGUAGAUAAGAAGAUCGACAACGAGGUAGGGGGCUUGAGGCAUGAAGUGAACAAGAAGGUUGAUGAUGCUGGUGCGAGUUUGGACGCGGCAUUGAAGAAUUUGGAAACAAGGAGUGAAGAGUUGGAGAAAUCAUUAGGACAGUUGAAGGCAGCGGAUUGGUUGUCCAAAGAUGAGUUUUUGAAGUUCUAUGAGGAAUUGAAGAAGACAAAGGAUUUCCAGGUGGGUGAAGACUCUUACAAUUUGGAUGUUAUUAGGGCUUAUGCAAAGGACAUUGUAGAUAAAGAAAUUGAGAAGCAUGCUGCGGAUGGACUUGGCAUGGUGGAUUAUGCCCUUGCAGAGGGUGGCGCUGCUGUGGUAAAGCAUUCUGAGCCGUUUGGUAAGAGGAGGCCCCUCAGCGGCUGGUUCUCUGGUACUGGUGGCUUGAGUGGGGUUCAUCCUGAUGCUUAUAAGAUGCUGAGGCCGAGUUUCGGAGAGCCUGGGCAGUGCUUUCCUCUGAAAGGAGCCAUUGGGUUUGUGGAGAUUAGGCUCCGUGCAGCUAUUGUUCCUGAGGCUGUUACAUUGGAGCAUGUUGCUAAGAGUGUAGCGUAUGACCGGUCAAGUGCCCCGAAGGACUGCCGUGUUUCUGGCUGGUUCAGAGGGACUGACGUUACUUCAACUGCGGAUCCUGAGAAGCUGUUUCUACUCGCCGAGUUCACGUACGAUCUGGAAAAGAGCAAUGCACAGACCAUCAACGUUCUUGACUCGGCGGCCUCACAUGUCAUCGACACCGUCAGGCUGGACUUCACGUCGAACCAUGGCAGCCACGCCCACACCUGCAUAUACCGCUUCCGGGUACAUGGCUACGAACCCGACUCUGCCUCGAUGAUGACGUUGCAGAAUUGACAUAAGUUUGACAGUUCCUUUAUCCUGCGCCCCGUGCUUUGUAUGAUCCCGACAUCUGUUCUUAUUGUUCGGAACUUCUGUAGGUCAUUGUGUAGAAGGGUGUAUGUACAUUUGUUUUGUGUGCCUAGGUUCAAUUUUUGUGCUCUUCCCUGAGGGUAUAUUACCACUGUCUUGUGUUAAGAGUCAAGAUUCUAGGUAUUGCGGUAAUCUCUAUGUUUGUUAGUUUAUUUGGUGAUUAAGUCCGUGGUUGGUUGUGUUAAAAGCAUGGUCCAUGGUCCAUGAAACCGUACCGAAGAUCGUACCGGGAAAGUCAGCAGUAUGAUAUUUUAUUGUAAAACCGUGGUUUAAUCGUAGUUCGACCGUUAUACCGAUAACUACCGCAUAUAGGUUUAGCCUCCGAUACUGGUAUUUCGUGGUUAAACCGCCGAUACAGUACGGUUUAAUGGAACACUGAUUAAAAGUCCAAACGGCCGUGCAAGUUGCGAUCUCUGAUUCUUCGACGAUAACUGAUAAGUUCAGUUCUUGUGUUCCGUCCCCUUGGUCUCUCCCUCGUCAUCUCAUCCUUCUUACUUUCUUUCCGUUUAAUUGCAAAUAUCACUCUUCCACUUACAUCCAAUCCAAGCAAACAUGAAACAAUCUUCAGAAGUAGAGUUGGAAAUUGUUAGAACAACAGUUGAUCAAACCGUACUGUAUAGUUUGGUAUGGAUCGUAGCUUAUCAAGAAUCGUCUAGUCUGAUCCAUGAUUUAUAUUGUGGAAUAUUUUGAUCUCUUGGUAUGGUUUGAUUAAGACCACGGUUUACGGGAGAAGACCAUGAAUGCAAUUCACUUCCCUAUUAGAUUUGAAAGCCCACUAGACCACUCUUCCUACUCUCCAACACCCAAGUCUGAACAAUAUUUAAAAAAAAAAACCUCUUUUUUUUCGUUCAUAUAUCACACUCUGCCGAAGAGUACAGAUGAUAGGAUCUCCGUAUGAAAUUAUGUCAACGUUAUAUGACAUAUUGAUGGAAGUUUGGUUGUUCUGAUUUUUGCGUCUCUCCUAUUUAUUUAGAUUUAGGGUAUCAAAAUUAUGCAUGCGUGUUUGAGUUUAGAUGAAAUUACGAAAAAUAAAUUAUUUUUCAAUUAUUGAUUCAAUUUUUUUGUGUGUUGGAUCAAACAAAUCGUUCAUGUUUUGCUGCAACGUGGCUUGCCUGCUUCGGACAAUACCGAAACAGACCUCACAGGUGUGAUGUGACCUAAACAAUACCGAAUCAUAUUUGGCCUGAUCCCUUAUAUGUGCUCCCGUCCUUCUAUCCAUACUAUAACUUUAUAUAUAUUAAUAUCUGAUAUGAACUAGACCGCACUGUUUCUCGACGUUCCAACUAUACCCAAAAACCGUCAAUAAAAUAACCCAGUAUUUAACUAUAUGCAAUUUCACCAUCUCAUUGAAAAUAAAGGAACUGAUUUUUA